UAUUACGCACUGACAGCUACUUUGAAGACAAGAGCCGAUGCAGAGGAGCCGAUUUUUGGAUUCCACACAUAUACAAGGACCAAUAGCAACACGUCAUUCAAUGACAGCGGAACCAUGUGGCAUAAAUGUUAGAAGCAUUGAGAAAUGGGAACCUCUGAUUCCACAUGGUCAGCUUGAAGUGUGAAGGAGCAGCUGCAGGGUCUACACACACACACACACACACACACGCGCACAGUCUUCAAAUUCCACUUCCCUCACACGUGGUUGACUUUCCUUUGGAAUCGCCAUCAGCUGCAGACCUCUUGAACCAGCAGCAGGAAGACAGAAGUUUUUUAAUCAACACUCGGCUGAUCUCGACCAGAACAGAUUGAUCUUCAGAGUCCAGCUGCCAUCCAUCCGCACAGGAAUGGUGGAUCACUUGCCGCUUGGUGAGGAGACCUUUCUUUACUACACUGGCUCCCCGGGGUCGGACUACAGCUGCCUCUGUCACCACGCCAAAGGUGGUGCGUUGAUGGGCGACAUGGUAACCGACGCAUGCAUCUACGACCACCACCACCAACCCUACCAAGGGGUGACGCUCUCCUCCUCCCCUCACCUCUCUGAGGAUGAUCUCAGCGACUCCUCCAGCCCUCGGUCCUCUCUCUGCUCCAGCCCCGAGUCCUCGUCGCUGACGUUGCGGCACGUUCUCGGCUCCAGCUACGAAAGCAGGAGCAGCAGGAGUAGUGGAAGCUGUAGCUCCUCUGGGGGAGAGAGUCAAGACAGCCUGUUGGACCUCCUUCUCUCCCAGGCCUCCCUCACCAGCUCUGCCAGCAGCAACUCUAACUCUUCUUCUCAAUCCUCCCCACACUCUUCUUCAUCCACAUCUGCUCCUCUUUUACCCAUGGGCCUGGCCUGGGAGUCCAAGAAGGAGCAGCGGCUGACCCUCCUCCAUCAGCAGGCCAAAGAGGACUGUUACGAAUUCCCAGUCUUCCUGGACGAGCUGCAGGAUCCUGCGGCGCUCCUCUUUCAGCCCACCCUGGAGGAGAUUGAGGAGUUCCUGGAGGAGAACAUGGCAGUGGCAAUGGAGAAAGAAGAGGAGGGGAGUGAUGAGGCAAUGUCACCAAUGUCAGAUGAUGCUGAGGCAAAGUGUUCAAGGACAUUAGCAGGAGAACUCGUAUCAGGGUCACUGAACUCUGAUCAGACUGUGCCUGUGGCUCAUUCUCCACUCUCCUCCUACACAGAGACCAAACAUGCACCAUCUGACAUGGACAGCUCGCCAUCAGCAGUGGAUGUUAGUUCUAUAACUAGUGCUAAUUCUACCAGUAGUGUUGAUGUGAUCAAACAGGAGGAUUGUGCUUCAUCACCAGCCUCAUCAGAAGGUACCAGUGCCUCCAGCGUGCCAGUCAUCCUACAAAUCCAACCAAUACAGAUAAAACAAGAGCCCAACUCUAGUGCCAUAUCGGAUGGUGUCACCCAGCAAACCCAAUCCCCAAAACCCAAAUCCCAGCCAAACCAGGCAACGUCGGACAUCAAAAUUGCCCAACUCCUGGUCAACAUCCAGGGGCAGACCUUUGCCUUGGUGCCUCAGCUGCUUUCCCCAACAAACAUUGCUGGCUCAAGCAAAAACGGAAGCGUCAUUUCUCCCAAAUUCGUACGGAUCGCGCCGGUGCCCAUUGCUGCAAAACCCAUUGGGCUUGGGGAAGGCGGGUUAAACGGAGGCGCAGCAACAGGGGUCCUCUCUGGAGGUCAGAGGUACCAGAAGAGUGCAGUAGCAGACCUCAUUAAAAUGCACAAGUGUUCUUUUCCCGGCUGUAAUAAGAUGUACACCAAGAGCAGCCACCUUAAAGCCCAUCUGAGGAGGCACACGGGGGAGAAGCCCUUCGCCUGCACAUGGCCCGGCUGUGGAUGGAGGUUCUCCCGGUCCGACGAGCUGUCCCGACACCGCAGGUCCCACUCGGGUGUUAAACCAUACCAGUGCAUCGUCUGCGAAAAGAAGUUUGCCCGCAGCGAUCACCUGUCGAAACACCUCAAAGUCCACCGCUUUCCACGAAGCAGCAGGACAGGACGCUCUGCAAACUGACUCUCCUGACCCCACUCUGACAGACUGUGGGGGGGGGGGCUGUGUUCCUGUAUGUGUGUGUGACGAAAGACAGAGGACAGGGGGGUGGAAGUCCAAACACCUUUUAAAGGAGUCUGAGCAAGACUUUUGAGCUUGUGUGUGUUUAUGUUCAAAUAUGUACGCAUGACGUACAUUCAUGGUACUGUUCUAAUUUAUUAGGUGGCAAGGAAAAGACUGUAAAAACUAAACUAAAACAGAAAACUGUUACUUGACACAACACCCUCACAGGUGGAAUAAGCUUCUUGUAUAUUACAAAAAAUUUUUGUCUCACUCAAAUCUUUUAGGUGAUCUAAUUUUAAGAAAGAUUUCAGAGUAUUUUUACACUUUGAGGUGUUAUUGUUAUUGCUGGUGUCGAAAGCCUUAUAUAAAUAAAAAUGCAUCACUAAGGGGUCUGCUACUAUUUAAAACCCCAGGUGUUUUUUUUUACCUUCCUGGAACCAUAUGUUGUUUUAAUGUAAGAGCAAAAAGUCAUUGUUUAAUGGCUUGAAUUUAAUUUUUUGCCCAUCAACAACAAGAGCUAACUGGACAUUGAGAACUAUUGGGGCCUUGGUUUAAUUUUUUCUGGAGAGACGGCAGAGGAAAUGAUGCAUCAACAUUCCUGUAGCUUUGGAUAAGUGUCUUUGUUGCCCUUGAGUCUCGUUACAGGAAGGAAAAAAACAAUGUGGUUCCCUCAAAGACAAGAUGUUAAUGUUGAACACCAACAGAUACCGUGUCACUAUGUAAUUUGCACUGGCACACAAGGCAUUUCUGGUUGUCUGCCCACACUAAGUAUUUAGUUGAAAGAUGGUUCUGUAACACCCUUUUGUCAUUUUUAUGGUGUCUUUUAAUCAAAACAAAUUGUGAUGCAGCUUCAUCCAAUGAUUAUCUGUGAAAUGUUUCAAGUCAAGUUUAAGAACAAAUAUUUGCAAAGGUAUUUUUGUUAUUUUGGCUUCAACUCGUUAUAUAUCACAACUAGGGAUGCAACGAUAUAUUGGCCAUUGGACCAUUGGUAUUGGCUAAUUGGGCCAUUGGUAUUGGCUAAUUGGACCAUUGGUAUUGGCCAAUUGGACCACUGGUAUUGGCCAAUUGGACCAUUGGUAUUGGCCAAUUGGACCAUUGGUAUUGGCUAAUUGGACCAUUGGUAUUGGCCAAUUGGACCAUUGGUAUUGGCCAAUUGGACCAUUGGUAUUGGCCGAUAUUUGUCUUGUUGGCUGCCAUUGGCCUAUCGGAAAAUCAGUUUACAUCCACUGUUGGCAGCGGGCAAUGUUUAUUAUGUGCUGGCUAUUGGCUGUUGGACUUAUAAUGAAGAUUUCUUUGUUUGGCAGACAAAAAAUGGGAAUUAAAUAACAAGAAAAACAAAAUAAACCAAUAACAAAAAUAUCGACAUUGACAAAUUGUUAUUUUUAUUAACUGGUACUGCUAUUGGUAUUGGCCCAGAAUUUCACAAUCAUUGCAUCACUUAUCACAUUUGUUUUCUGGUUUUGUAGCGCCAUACCAUUUUUAUUUAUGUUGUUGUAUUACCUUCAUGUCACUGCUCUCAAAAAAGUUCUAAAAAUAAUAACAAAAUGGUGAAUCCAUAUUGCUGAGAGGCAGAAGUAAAGGCUGGUGUUGGAAACAUUGAUUGAUCAUUGAUCUUAAACCAGGGGUAGGCAACCUGAGGCUCUUUGGCCCCUCUCCAGUGGCUCCCUGUUGCUUUGACAAAAAAGAAAAAUGAUAUGGAAUUUGUCUACAAUUUAAUCCACAUCAUUGAAGUGAUUCUUACACGUUCCGAUUGUAAAAAUAUGUACCCUAUAGACAGGAUUUUUUUAUUUUUGUCGACUGAAAUGUGCAUCAAAGCCUAUGACCACCUGGUUCUUCGCCCUAUAUAUUUUUGCCAAAACUAGCUACAACAGAAAAUACAUUUGUUUACAUUAACUGCCAGUACUUCACACUGAGUGAUUUGCUUGAUUUGCAGUGAGAAAUUGGUAAAUUACGUUCAUUAUAAGGCUCAAAGAUGCGUCUGCAGAGGGACUUUUCUUUCUGUUUUUUUGGCCAAAAAUGGCCCUUUUCAUGGAAAAGGUUGCCGACCCCUGCAUUAAACAUAUCAAAGCUCUUGUCUCCAAUCCCUUACAAUCAAAUUUAAUUUAACAGAUCAAAUGAAAAAUGAAAAUCAUGUACAAAUCAAAUUUAUGUGGAUUUCUUGGGAAUUAAUUAAAGGACAAUAACAGCGCAUGGUAACGCCGUAACAAGUUGGCCUUCACACCAAAUUAGGAGUUCUGUCAACUAGUGCACAGUUGUGCUGCCAGUUUGUGUCUCGUUUGUGUCUUCCAUGGUGCUAGCAUUUAGCCAUGUUGCUAGUAUGCCAGGUCCAAGCAGCUACCGCCAAAAAGUGAAGCCAAAGGUAUUCGCUAACAUUCACCACCAACAAUGUGGCGAUAUGAUACGUAUGAUGAUACAUGAUUAGCAAU